AUGCGUGCUAGGGGAGAAGCUGCAGUUACCGAAGGCGAAGAUUCGCCUAUUGCAGGUUCGGAGGAUGCGCUGGGCAAUACCGAGGUCGUGGGGGAUUUCGUAGGAGAGGAGAUGGGCUCGGAAGGAGGGGGGAGUGGGGCUGCAGUGAGAGAUGGAGAUCGGCCCGAUGAGGGUGUUAGGGCAGUCAGUGGGCUGGUUGUGUGUGGGCUGGUUGUGUGUGGGCUGCUUGUGUGUGGGCUGGUGAGUGGGCGGUUGAGUGGGAUGGUGAGUGAUAUGGUGAGUGGGCUGGUGAGUGGGCGGGUGAGUGGGCGGGUGAGUUGGCUGGUGCGUGGGCGGGUGGUGAGUGGGCGGGUGGUGAGUGGGCGGGUGAGUGGGGGGCCGGUGAGUGGGCGGGUGAGUGGGCUGGUGAGUGUGCGGGUGAGUGGGCAGGGGAGUGGGCUGGUGAGUGGGCGGUUGAGUGGGAUGGUGAGUGAUAUGGUGAGUGGGCGGGUGAGUGGGCUGGUCAGUGGGCGGGUGAGCGGGCGGGUGAGUGGGUGGCUGGUGAGUGGGCGGGUGAUUGGGCUGGUGCGUGGGCUGGUGCGUGGGCUUGUGGUGAGUGGGCGGGAGAGUGGGGGGCUGGUGAGUGGACGGGUGAUUGGGCGGGUGAGCGGGCGGGUGAGUAGGCGGGAGAUAGCGAUGUGGAGUGGGUGGGUGAGUGGGCUGGUGAGUGGGCUUGUGGUGAGUGGGCGGGUGAGUAGGGGGCUGGUGAGUGGGCGGGUGAUUGGGCUGGUGCGUGGGCUGGUGCGUGGGCUUGUGGUGAGUGGGUGGGCUGGUGAGUGGGCGGGUGAUUUGGGCUGA